GCGAAUUUCGUCCGCACCACCCACCUACAAUACAUUACACAGUCAUCAUCAUCAUCAUGCAGCGUGCGUGCGUGCGAUAGCACCUGCCGCCCGCUGUCGAUGUCGAUGAUUAUAAACAGAUGAACUUUGACCUCCGUGCGAACGCCCACAAAGCAAAAUUCUAAAGUAAAAAUCAUUAAGAAGAAAACCUCAACAUCAACACCAACCAAAACACAAGUUUCUAAUCAUGUGAAUCCAAUCGAAUUAUCCUCUGGUGAAUCGGCAUGGAUUACAUCCGAGAGUUUGAUAUCCAACUGGACAAAGAGCAUUACUAUGCAGGCGAGAAGAUUGAAGGCACAGUCAUCCUCAAUACCAUCGACAACUUUAAAUUACGAACUAUUAGGGUGAUUCUAAGAGGAAAAGCGCACGUGGAAUGGAAAGUGAUGCUUUCCGGUGAACGCCGGACCGUCAAAGACGAUCAGUACUUCAUCGACGACCGGCAGGUGAUCUGGGGCGAGAAGAACAUCACCACGACGAUACCAAUCCUCCCACGUGGCGUGCACAAGUUCCCCUUCCGUUUCUCUCUACCAGAGAGUUCGCUUCCGUGCUCUUUUGAGAGCAAACCAUGCUGUAUUCGUUACUACAUCAAAGUCACCGUGGAUAUUCCCUAUGCAAGCCCACCGGAGGGCGUGAAAUACUUCACGAUAAUUGGGCCACAUAUUGAUUGCAUGGAGGAACAAUAUUUGAAACCCCAAGUACAAGAAGACCGUAAAAGCACCUGUUGUUGGUGUUGUAAACGUGGAACUCUUAGCCUACGCUGUGUACUGGAACGCUCUGCAUAUGUCUGUCGGGAAAGUUUGAAGUUAAAAGCGACGAUUGAUAACCAAAGCGAUGAGGAAGUGUCGCUGCGUGUGCGACUGGAGCAGUGCUGCGAGUUUUUCAUCGAUAGAGGCGUGCUGGGUGUGGGCAAGGAGUUGAAGCACCUGGUGUUUGAGUACAGGGGGAGUCAAGUGAAGCCGAAUACGAGGACCAAGUGGGAUAGUAGUAACAGUCUGGUGAUGCCACCGAUGCCCACCACACUAGUUGGGAUUUGUCGACUUGCACAGAUUUAUUAUGUGUUGACUGUUAGUUUAGAUUCGUCGAAAGAAGCGGAUCUGGUACACGUAACGUUCCCUAUUACCAUAGCGACAGUGCCUUUUAGAAUACCCAAUAGCAACAGGUUUCCUAGCGUCAAAUAUGAACAUGCGGCAGCGCACGUUGAAGGAGGUCAAUACAUCGGUCCAGAGUUUCUCCUCGGACAAGUUUACGACGGCAACGAACAUAACAAUCGAGAACCAGUGGUUUUAUACAAGCCGGUGUACGUGACAGUGGAAAAGAACGAAGAUGCAACACCCCAAGCAUCACACACACGUCGCCCCAGCCACAUCCCAGACCACCUCGUUGCGAGUAAGUAACCAAAGCGCAAAAUCCCACCAAAAAAUGGAAAUUAUUUGACUGAGCACCUUUCGCCAAACGUGUAUUAUCUUGAGUAUUAACUACCCUAUGAUUCGUAGAUGCCAAAAUCAACGCGCAGAAUAUUUACAUUUACACCAAAUAUAUGCGUAUUAGGAGAUUUUUAUAUGCGAAGUAGCGAAGAGGAUAGUUUAUAUCACGCGUACAGUGUAUCAAUACCACCAAAUUCAGAUAAUAAUCAUAAUUAUAACAAGAAACACACCCGGUAUAUUUGCGAAUUUCGAUUUUUAUUGAUGUGAGGAUAAUUCCCAUGUGAGAGAUGAAUGAAAAUAGGAAAACAUACCUUCCAGUGACAAUUGUGAGUCACUUCCGAUUGAAUUCCACUCCAAUUUCCGCUGCAAUCACUGCGUAUACCUGGAAAAUCAGCAUUUGCACAUCAAUUACAAUCGAAAUUGACGAUUUGUAUCAUGAUUCACAUGAAAAAGGACUAAAACUAGUAAUGCAUAGCAAUUGUAACAGGGUUCCAUAUAAACAAUUAUAACGAAUAAUUAUUUAUGCCAAAAAUAAAACAAGAAUCGGAGCUCAACUAGUGAUGAGUGGCGAUUUCUAGCGGAAUUUAGGUAGUUGAUUGGUAUGUGGGCGUAAUUAAUGAAGAAAACGCGAUGAUUUUUGAUGUUUUUACCGCUCUUUUGACACAAACGGACCGUGAGCGUUCGUCGGGAGCGAACAAUUAACGAGUAAACAUAUAAAACAAGCUUAGAUGACACGAGAUAAACUAUAUAUAUGAAUAAAAUUAAUAAACCAAUGAAUAAUAACAGAGAGGAAUUGAUUGUUUAGAUGUUUUACCGCGCACGUGGCGCGGAUAGUUAUAUGAGUCUAUAUACAAUUUAUUAUUACCUGUUUAAUAUUUGUGUAUUAUAUCAAGAUUUGAUGACAUUGGAGAAAUUUAAUAAAUGACUGUGAAAAUUAUAAACUA